AAGCGAGCUGCUCAUCGCUUCUGCGAGGAACGGGGCAAUCCUUUCGUCGUUGUAAACAGACCUCCUCUUUGCUGACGAGGCGUCUUUCACGCUUGACGUUGCUCUCCCGUCUUCGUUCACGUACGCGCUCAGCGGGCCGCAUCAUAUAUAUGCGAACGACAGUUGAGACACCUUUAUUCUCGGCGAUUCGUGCGUGCAUAUGCCUUGCUAUCUCGCACGGCCGUAUAUAGGCAACGGCACAACGGGGACGACGAUGCCCUUGGCGAUAACGCUGCACUUGUUUCGAGCGACCUCUGGCGGGUUUCUGCAGCUACACAUUCGCCUCGGCACACUCGUUUCCGGCGGCAACGCGACAAGCACUUCAACCGGCGCCUUCAGUCCAGGAUUGUCGCACCACACGGUUAGCGAUGUCGCCAACGUCACGCCAGUGUGGUUAGUCUCAGCUUCUCGAUGGUGUGGAUGCGAAGACUGAGACCUCGAUGUGGAGACAGCGUUGUCAUUAGGAAGCAUCGCAGCAGUGACAGACGUGGCCGUAGUUGUAAAUGGGUGCUGAGUUAUGGACCAUAAGGAGAGCGUGCUCAUCGCCAAAGAAGCACUGCUGUACGCAUAAAACCGUGUCGAGACUUGUCCAGUUAGCAGCGAAGAGACGGCGCACCAUGUCAUCCAAAUUCGUCGAAUGAAAUUCUCGCCAUUUUGGUAGCUCGAGACAGCUCUGACUCAAAGCGUUCUUAAAAGUGCGUUCGAAGAACGUUUACGUGACGAUGGCGAACGUAAUGCGGCUGCUAGGAGUACGUUCCAGAAAGCGAGCCGAUGACGGAUCCCUCUGCCAAUUGACUCUGAACGUCGUCGAAGCCGACGACCAAUUCGAGGAGCCGGCUACUCAAGCUUCUCCUAGUGCGACGCUGCCCGGCCCCACCGGCCCUGUUGAGCUGGCAUACGUCGUCGAUGGUCUUCCGGUACCAACGAAGGCUUUCAACGUUGAAGUCGUGCGGGACGCCCUCCGGUAUCAGGCGCGACCGAGUGACGUAUUCGUGGCGACCUACCCAAAGGCGGGCACCGCGUGGACGCAGUACAUCGUCUGGAUGCUCCUGAACCUGGACCGACUGGACGAGGGAGUGCCGCUUUUCUCGGAUAUCGUGACACGGCGCGUGCCCUUCCUGGAGCGCGUUGGCCGAAAGGUGGUCGAAGCCCUUCCCGAGCCUCGCAUUAUCAAGCACCACCUCCCGUUCUGGCUGUCCCCGUACCACCCGCUUGCCAAGUACGUCGUCGCUGUGCGCAACCCGUUCGACUGCGUCGUCUCCUUCUACCACCACUGCCGAGCAGAGCCCUCCAUGGGCCUCCGCUCGGGGACCACGUUCGACGAGUUCUUCGAGCAGUUCCUGGAGGCGCGCGUACCUUUCGGCUCGUACUUCGACCACGUCUUGUCCUGGUACGCCCGCCAAGACGACUCCAACGUCUUCUUCUUCUACUACGAGACGCUCAGGCAGCGCCCGGCCACCGUGACGCUGGAAAUCGCCGACUUCCUGGACGCCGCCGCAGCAGCGAGGCUUCGCGGAGACGAGCGACUCCUGCGCUACGUGGUCGACAAGACGUCCGUCGGCAGUCUCAAGACCGGCCACUUCUCGGCUGGCCCGUCCCGUCGCGGCGCGGCGACGCCUCGUCCGAAAGCAGGGGAACCGUUGGACGAGCUUUCCGCGAAUCACUUUCGCAGGGGUGAAGUGGGCGAGUGGAAGCGUCAGAUCAAGCCAGACCAGGCGCGGCGCCUACGGCAGCUGUGCGAAGAAAGGAUUAGUGGGACCAAGAUGUGGUACACGUGGCAGAAGUGGAUGGAGUGAUCAGUCGUCAGCGCGACGCGUGAAAUGUGAAAGACGAUUUUCACGUCUACAUUUUCUUUAUCACUGUAAGAUAAUUUACACCCUAAACGUGAGAAGGGUGUAAAUUUGUAUAUAACUCUCACCCUAAGGGUGUUAUCUACAUGACGGACACCCUAAGGGUGUGAAUUACACACAUUUACACCCUUUUCACUUUUAGGGUGCAAAUUAUUUCACAGUGUACUCGUGACAGCAAGCUACAUGCAGUGUUUGUAUACUGGUUAGCCAAGCCCCUUGUCUGAAGCUUCUCUUGUGUCAUAUGUGCCUUAGAGAUGUGUGACCACACAGAAUACUACUUGCGAUAGCGAGAUGUACUGCAGUGCAUUUCAUUGUAAUCUGUAGUUUAUACAUUGUGCGCUUUUAACAUACUGUGUUGUCUUGUUCUGCCCCCUCCCCCUUAAUUUAAUCGUACACUGAAGGCAUUAUAAAUAAUUAGUGGUUGCGCUAGUGCAUAAACGCUAUGACACACACAUAAGUGUGCGUCAUAUUUGCCUCCGAGAUUUGCGACAUUGCAACAUGUUACAUUCGAUCGCAAGGUAUGCUUUGUGUUUAUGCAGAUUCAUAUAAUAUCGUAUAAAGUAUCUUGGUGUGUAAAAUAUUUAACAUGCAAAAUAAAAACGCUGAACGACACGUCAAAAAGGCGCCGAAGUGUGCAACGGCAUCGUGCAGGUACGAUCGUGAUUUUGUUACACAUUUCUUUCGUCGCACGUUCCGAGAAAUCUCGGAAGUACGACGGCAGAGACCGAAGUUUGUGCGACCAUCAGUCGCACGACCUACAGCAAGCACUGCAUGGAAUCAUCUACUCGACAUCAUUGCUGCCAUAACUGAUGCUUCACAAUUCAAGAUCGCCUUGCAAAAUCGGUUGCACGUUUUAUUGUUGUAACUAGCUGCACGAAUUUUUCCCAUUUUUCAUUUCUUUCUGUAGUGCCUUGGGAUCCAAAAAUUAUCUAAUAAAUAAAUAAAUAGCGUUGCAACACUGGACCGUAAACAAACGUUGAGGCUAUAUAGAUUGAGGUUACAGGUUUUGGGCCCAAUGCAAAUUUAGCAUCGAAUCACGCCCAUGAUUCAGGCGUUCGAAUAGUGAAUGGAACAGAACGAACUUUUUUUUGCUAGGGCUUGUAGCCGUGGACAGAAAAGGCGUAAAAAAUAUUUCAUUUCCUUUAAUACACGUAAUGGUAUACUGAAACAAAGAAGGAGCUCGUAAAUGAUCAAGACGUUGAAGGUCAGCAUAGUUGCUGAUCGGUAGCGGGCAUGCGCUUCAAGAGGCCAAUCGGCUGUAUGCAAGGUCCCUCUUCAACGACAGGCAUGCUACAAAGGUAUUCUAAAGCACAGGGCUAGGCCGAUAAUCGAAUGUGCGAAAAACGAACGAUUACGAUAUUUUCGAAUUAGACGUUUCGCAAGAGUUAUGAAUUGAUCUUGUUGACAUAUUGAAUUUUGUAAGUUAUAAAAACUUCGUGCGCAUGACAGUGUCGAACGUAAUCUGUGUUAGCGUUUUAGUUAUAGCGAAUACUUAUUUCGAACCGAAACAGGUAUUUGGAACACUCGAAAAGGGCAAUACUGUCCCAUUCUGUCGUUGUUUUUGCGGGUAUGUGUUUUGCGCACAUUGAACGAAGGCAAAUGAAGUCACACAAUGAAGUCAAACCAAGUGGCCCGCCUUUCAGUCUUUUUAGCACUUUAGGUUUGACGAAUAUUUCGAACGGAAGCACGUGACUAAAAGCCGUAGAACGAGGAACGUCGAUGGAGAUCCGCGACAUUCCUCGUUCUCCCGCUGUUUAUUCACUUCAGCUAGGCCUCCGUCUUCCUGUUAACCCCUCUCUUGUUUAGAAUAGAAGCAAAGACUUCGAAUAUCCGAAAAUGACAACGGUGUCCCAUUGUGUCGCUUUCGCCGUGGCCUGUUUGCGCUUGAGACGUAUACGUA